GAAGAAGAACAGCGUGUCCGGAGGGGGAGGGAGCGAGCACGUACAGGCUGGAACAACGGCGCGGUGUGUCACGUGACGGCAUCUGCUGCUGGCUGAGUGAAGCGUGUUAGCAGGUAAAGAAAUAAAAUGUUUGUUAUGAUAAUUAUGGACAUAAACGAAAAAAAUACAGUGCGGGCCGUCGUUGUAUACGUUUGAUCCACUUUACUGUAGUGAUACUCCGAAAAUAGACAGACCGAGCCAUCAUUUCACGUUGCCAGUUAGCUUAGCCACUUCAGUGCUAAAGUGGCGACGAGAUGCAGAUGAAGCUAGCUCUCUGCCGUAUGGCACAUUGCAUUGUGCGAACGUUUUCAAAUGCUAAAAGGGUAUGCUAACUAGCAUGCUAGCCAGAUAACUCACGGGUCAAGUAACUAGCUACCUUGCCAUGUCCACACGCUUCUUUCUAGCGGGUUACAUUGUAGUAUUGUGUACACUUUGUAGUAGCUAUACUAGUUACAUGUUAUUAGUUCAUAUAAUGUUAUUAGUUGACGUGUGUGGAGUAGCUAACGUUUCUGGGCGAUUGUUCAUCAAAAAACGACCAUUAUUAUAAAACAUUAGCUAGGGGUACUAGCUAACUGGCUAAUAUUAGCCGUUUACACAAAGAGCUCCGUCCAACAUUGUUUAUUUUUGCCUCUGACAGUGAACGCAAGCCAAGUGAUCUGCCGUAGCAUGCUUAACUAGCUAUCCAACGUACGGUAUGGGAUUAAUAUUUAGCUAGCUACAGUAAUUUAGUUAACAUUUAGCUAGUUAGAUAUUUAACGUUUAGAGGCAGCCAAUUAGUUUGUGCUUUGCUCAAGCUUACUUUAGACAUUUGAAUAAUUUAUUGGUCCAUGUUAACGUUAUAACUAGCUACGUCAACGUUAGUCAUCGACUUGACAUGUGAAUCAUCGAAAUAAUCAAGCGCACAACCAAGCUCAUUUUGGGAUGCACUGAUUCCUGGAAAUAGAUAACUAUAUUACUGUAAGAUUUGUUAGCUUUCUUCUUCUCGAUAAGGACGCUCAGCUAAGCUAACUACCAUAGCCUACUGGUAGCUAACCGAAUCCGAAACUGGUUUGUUCAUUUGUGUACCCACCCCGAUUAGAGAACACAGCUGUCACAAUAACAAACAAUGGCAGCUGCUUUGUUAGCGAGACGAGAGCUAGCAAACCAGCUACGCACUAUCAUUAGAUUAUCUGAAUUACACUUAAAUGUGUCAAUUAGUUGGCUAGCUAGGCCAUCUAGCCGCUUGCCGUUCCGUUAUUAGCGAGGCCUAAUUUAGCUAACGUUGUUUUUAGUAACUUCACGGGCACGUCAUGAACCCUUGGCACGUCGCAAGUUUUUUAGGCAAUCCCAAAUGGCUGCGCAUGAGUUGGACUAGGCGCUCUGUGGUUUGAAUGCCUAGCUAUAACGUUCAACGCUACCUACACGCACAACCUUCAAAUCCAUAUUCGCCACUUACAAAUUGCCAGUACUUAUAGGUGCUAUUUAAUUCAAUAAAAUGUAUUGUGGUUUUCUAACCUUAGCCAAUUGUAUGAGUGGUUCUUGUUUGACCAUUACAUUUAUGUUUGUGAGACUGUUUUUGACUGUGUGCGUGAGAGAUGUAAAUUGACACCAGAACAGGCCCCCCCCAGCCUGGAUGUCUAAAUUUAAACAUGAAGGGCAAUGGACAGGGUUAUAGUCUUACAUGGCACAGGCAAAGUUGAGACAAAAGCAAGACUCAGUACAAGCAGUCCUGUCUGAGGUUGAAAUGAUUAUGAUGUCCAUUUGACUGACUGUUCCCCCCAUCUGUUUCAGAUUUUUCUAUUUUGUACAUACAUUGUUUUGUAUAUACUGUAUAUGAUGACUUCAGUGGUCAGCAAUCCAGCUCGAGGAACUCGAGACAGAGCGCUGCCCACCACAACACAAACCACACAGCCACAAAAACAGAUACAGGUGAGUUUCAUACACCAUUUCAGAGUCGCAACACUGUACAGUGUAAUUUUGGUUGCUGGCAGAGGUGAGUGUUACUGGUACUAAGAAAAUGUAGCCGCGUUCUAUAGCUCUGAUGCAAUAGAUGUUUUAUUUGAUGAUCGGGUGCUCUGCAGUGUGCAGAUACAUAAUUUUUUCUACGUGUUCUGUAUGCCUGCAGCUCAUCAAAUCAGUUGUAUAUUUUCCCCCUUUUCUACUAUGUUACUGGUGCAACUCAUCAGUUAACCCAUUCAUAGAUGCUAAUUGCAUUAGCGCCUAUUGACGAUAGUAUCUUCUGGUAGGGUACUUUUUUUUGUUAAAGAUCCCCAAUGCACGUUCUGAAUGUUAAAACAUUGCGUACGGUAUUGUAAACAUAAGGAAUGUAUCUUUCAUAUCGGCGAGAAAUUAUUUUCAAAAUUCACCGGUUAAAUUUCUACACACAUUUUUAUAGGGUUAGUGUUCCCACACGGCCAUAUCUCCAUGUUACAUCGCUUGUUUACGAAAGACAGGCGGCCACCUGUGCUAAUUUGCUAUCUAGCGUCCUCCACACACCUGUGUGUAAGCGUAACCGGGGAUGAAGUGUAGUUCAUCAACUGGAGGCACACAGCUUGUGGAUCUGUGCAAAACUGCUACAGUAAGUGUGUUUUUUAUUUUAAAGAUUAUUUUGAGCGGAUAUGAAAUAAGGGCCAUAGUACCGUAUGUUUCGAAAACAGCUUUGAAAGCGACGAUUAUUUAUGUUUCUAAAUGUUAAAACACAGCAUCAGAAUUGUAGUUCACAUGAAGCCAACUGUGUGUGAAUGUAACCGCUGAAAACCAUACCUAUGGAGAAGGGUUUUCGAGAGCUAUCCAUCAAUAUACUCCACGUCUUGGCCAACUUGACUUAAUGUCCCACCUAGCCUUUGUUAUACCAAAUCCAGGGGACGCAUUAGCUUUUCUCAUGUUAUUCUUACCAUCACCGGUACAUAUUUAAAAUGUGCCGAUCACCUUUUAGUCUUACCACACAUACAAACAAUGGAGGUCCCCUGUGUGUCUUUGAAUGCAGGCCACAGCAGAACAGAUUCGGCUUGCCCAGAUGAUCUACGACAAAAAUGAUGCAGACUUUGAGGAUAAGGUCAAACAGGUGAGGACAGUGUGUGAAAGUUGUUGUGAAAAAUGUGGCAUUUGUAUAGCAGUGUAUAUGAUUUAAGUACAGAACCAAUGCACACUCACCCCACACACGUCUGUUUGUAUUUGUGAGUGUGUUUGUGUCGGUACCACUGAGUUGUUUUAUGUGCACACGUGCUGAUUAGGGCAGUGAACGUUUAAAUUAAAUUGGGAUCCUUAACGUUAAGAAAAAUCCCUAACCGUAAGAAAAUAAAUUCUCCACAAAAUUAAAAUCACAGUGCAGUUAUCACAAAAUAUAUUAUUUUCUGUGUUAUAGUCUAUGUACACGAUAGGCUAUAAAGGCCUGGAGAAAGUUUCAUUUGAAGUAAAACCAGAGGAAGAGGCAAACUUUAGGCUACUUCGGUGAAUUUGCGAGGCAAGCAAGACAUUGCCAGAUACAGAUUACCAAGACAGAACCGUGGUGCACCUAUUUCUGCCUUCUCCCUCGCGCUGGCUCGUCUGGGGGCGUAUUCAUUACGUGGAGGGACCUACCUGACUUAUAGUGUCCAAUAGAAACUCUCGUUUUAGUUCCAAACUGUUUGGACUCAUGAUUACACCCCAUGCUCUUUCUUUUCGCUAAAGAGUCUUCGGUCUGUUGCAUGUAGAAUAUCCUAGCCUAUUCAUUGAUAGGCCCUGCUUUACUGAAGUUGCAAGACAUUGCAAGCCAAGAAAUUCCAAGAUACAGCUAUUGAUAGAUGGGCCUAGUGCAUGGUUCUUACUGCCUGCCUGGUGGCCGACCUGCCUAUACUGUGCCCCUCUCACUCCACCCCUCACUAGUUUGCUAUGAAAGAUGCAAGUGUUUGUGUUACUGGAUGUAUGGCAACUAAUCGGUCUCUGUUCCAAAAAUACUGAAUUUUAGGAACAAAAUCAAAUCUUGACACUCAGAAAUGGAGUCUACACUGGGAGUCUCAACCAGAAUGUCAUUGCUGUUAACAGUUGGAAAAAUGGCAGAGAAAGGCAAGCAACAGCAGUGAAGUCCUGUAUGUCAAUAAUUUGAGAAGGAAAUGCAAACUUUGUGAGGUGGAGUUGGGGUACAGUAAUGGUAGUACAUGUGCCAUGCUUAAUCAUCUGAAAGGAACUCACCAUGAGACCCAAACCGUUGCCGACAGCUGCAUUGUGAAUUCACGUGGGAUUUUAUGCAUUUUCCUUAGUUUUAAUGGGAAAAUGAUAAUACAUUUUUAAAAAUGGCAGUUUAAACGCUAAGAAAAAUGGUCUACUUGGGAAAAGGGGAUACCUAGUCAGUUGCACAACCUAAAUGUGUCUUCCGCAUUUAGCCCCAACCCCUCUUAAUUGACGUCCUCUGCGCCCGGGGAGAAGUUGUUGUUGGAGGUUAACUGCCUUGCUCAAGGGCAGAAUGGCAGGUUUUCCCACAUUGCUGGCUCAGGGAUUUGAACCAGCGACCUUUCGGUUACUGGUCCAAUGCUCUUAACCACUAGACUACCUGCCGCCUAGUGCUGAUUGUGUGUGUGUAUUCCCACAGCUGAUUGAGGUGACUGGGAAGACCCAAGAUGAGUGUAUGGUGGCCCUCCAUGACUGCAACGAGGAUGUCAACAAAGCCAUCAAUUUCCUGCUGGAAAGCACCUCUGACACAGUGAGGUUCACCGCAGGGGCUCACGUGCAUCCACGCUCUGACAUGCAUACACAUCCAGUGACACUAACUCUCAUUAAAGGGGCAAUCUGCAGUUCAAACAUCCACAAAGCAAACACCCUGCUACUGUUUUGAUAAACGGCUGAGUGAUGGGGCUGGAGAAGUGUAAUCACUCUGAAAUGUAUAGACUGUUAUGGAUGCUAGUACUGACCAUCCAUGAGAUCAAAAUUAUAGUUCUAAUCAUGUUUUCAGGCUAUACAGCACAGCAAUCCAACCCUGUUCCUGGAGAGCUACUGUCCUGUAGGUUUUUGCCUCAACCCUAAUCUAGUGUACCUGAUUCUAAUAAUUGGCUGGUUGAUAAGUUGAAUCCACUAGUUACAACUGAGGUUGGAUCGAAAACCUACACGGGGAUAGCUCUCCAGGAACAGGCUUGGAGAGCCCUUCUAUACAGUGUUUGUUUACAAUUACAUUGUUUACAAACUAUGAAGUAAAACAAGCUAUUUCAUUAACUCCAGAAAUGGAUAUCAAUUGCAGGGAGCCCAUUUACUAGUCAGUCCCAAAUUUGCACUCAACGGAUUCUCAUAACCAAAAUCUACAACCUAUUUCUCAAGUUUGCUUAUUCAGUGUGAAGUGUAUUCGUGUUUGCAAUAAGAUCUCUUUGUCAUUCAGACCUCCUGGGAGACGGUUGGGAAAAAAGGCGCGAGGCCCCGGGAAGGAGGGAGGACCCUCUGAGAUGAAGGACAACCGAGACAAGAGGGAUCGCGAGGCAAGCCGGGGCCGCGGGGGCCCCAACAGGAGGGGCCGUGGAACCAGCCGCAGCCGAGAGGGUGAGAGCGGGACUCCUAGGGCUGUUACGGUGACCAUAGUACCGCCACACCAGCGGUCACGAGCCAUGAACGCGGUAAAAUUCCACGUGACCGUUGAGUCACGGUAACUACUCCAAAGCUGUGCUCUGUAAAGGAAUGGGGCUGAUGGGUGUUAGUAGCCUAACCAACUUGCUAACAGCAGUAAAUUCGCUAAUGGCCUGGUACUUCACGCUCUCUAGUUCCUCUAAUCACUCUGACAUCAAUGCAAAUUCAAUCGAAAAUCACAUCAAACACUUGAUUUAAUUUGAAUAAUCUGCAGAGGCCCAAAACACAGAAUCCAGCAUUUGUCACACAGAAAAUAAGUGUGCAUUCUGAAAAUGCAGGUGUAUUAACCAUAACAUUCCAUUUCAAGUUCCACAUUUUUCUAUUUUAAUAGACUUGCUGCUAUUAUCUGAAAUCUCAUCCAUCCUCCAAACCACACUCUCUCUCUGCGCUCCGAGAGGAGAGGGAGAGAAAUGCAUGUGAUUGCAACAUUUCAGAUUGCAAUUGCGGGAAUAUAGUUGAAGAGAGGAUGGUAACAUUGUCACACAAGCAAUUAAGUGUAUGCUCAAUACAAAAUUAUAACCAACAUAUUUUGGUUCUGCCACAAUUGGAAGAGGCAAUUACUUAAAUAAUGUCUGUCUGCCACCAAUUAAACUAUAAAUGGCUUAAAAUUAUUAGUUAAAAAAUCACAUGGCGAUAUAACUUAGUUGCAGACAGUAAAUGGCAUAGUGGGUAAAUUUCAGCAACGACGAAGAGUGAACGGUGGCCAUGUCAUUUUAGGGUUCAGAUGGACCUGGAAAUGGGAAAUAGGAAAUAUCAAUGGGAAAUAUCAUAAUGCUCUUGGGUACAGUAUUUGUUUUUAGGGUAAUAUUGGUAGAAAUGUUACAAAUGGGGAGGUUCAAGGCCCUCGUAAAACGUCACAAUAAAAUGGAAUGAUGUAUUGCAAAAGGAAAUAGCAAAAUGGUAUUAUACUGUGGACAUCGGAGGGUUGGAGUUAAGAUAAGAAUGGAUGGUGGAUUGGCAGCUGUGGGUGAAAUAAGGGGGAUUAGAAAUGAUGCAAACAAUUAAAUUUCUAGAACCCAAAAUCCAUCUGCUAUGUUAAAGUAGCAAUUAGGGGUGGACAAUAUGAACUAAAAUUCAUAUCACAAUAUUUUCCACUGUCCGGACGAUAGCGAUUUAAUAUCAUGAUAUACUGUACAUAAAAAUAUAUAUAUAUAUAUUAUUAGCAGUUCAAAGUUAAUAAUUGACAAAAUAUUGCUUUUAACUUGUGGCAGGGAUGCAUAAGUAUUUCUUUGUCAGACAACUCACUUGUGAGAAGUUAGAUGCGUGAACUCUCCACCACUCCAAAGGAUCAGCCUCACUGUCUGCUGCCAUCAUCAGAGUGUAGCUGUCCAGCUCUUGCUCGAUGACCUGUCUCUGGGUUCUGAAGGCAGGUGCACUACUGGUUUUCUUAAAGAAGCUCCCAAGGCUCUUCUUGGACUUCUUUGCUGAUUGUGGAGCAGUAGCAGCUUCUUUCUCACUCUGGUCCUCUUCAAGAGAGAAGUCUCCCACGGCUGUGUUCCCUACCAGGCCUUCUGUCUCGGAGGCAGCUCUCACCUUCACCUCCACCAGCUUCUCAGUGGUCAUGUAGGUGGUCUUGAACCUUGGGUUCCAGAAAGGUAGCCAUGGUGAGCAGCGCAUCUGUUUCAGGGUCGGUGUAUUUGUCAUUCAGGUAAUUGAGGACCCUCAUCUUAAUCUCUCCGGUCAGUUUGGCUUCGCCCUCAUUUGAGUUCAGAACCUCCGUCUUGAACAAAUGGAGGACCGGCUUCAGAUAGGACACACUCACAUAUGUCUCUCCUGACAGGGCAUCUGUGAAAUCCUGGAGGGGCUUAAGUGCUACCGUGAUAGAUUCAAAGACCUCAGUGUCUUUCCAGGAGGGUGCAAGGUGCCAUGUUUUUGUGUCUGCUGCUAGGACUUGUGUGAUGGCCUUUUCCUGCUCCAGGACUCUUUCCAUUAUCUGCAGUCGAGAUCCCCACCUUGUCGGGAAUUCCGUGAUGAGCUUGUGGAGGGGCAGGCUCAGUUUAUCCUGUGCACUUGUCAGGGCCUUCUGCUUCUUCCAACUAUAGGAAAAUGUGCUGACCACUUUCUUGCACACUCCUGUGGUCCGGGAAACCCGAGGUUCGUUUUGGACACUACUCUCUGAAAAAUAAAAAGGUGAAAAGGAAUUACAUAUAAAUCACAAUUAUUCAAUAGAAAUAACAUUGCAUCUGCUGUAAUUACAACAAUUUACAGCAUGGACACUGGACAUGAUUACAAAUGUAAUCCAUCUAUAGAUUUACAUACAACUGUUGUGAUUUAAGAGAGCUAUGUUGCUUUAGAAAACAGGAUAAUUUAUUGAGUAGGCUAUUUAUUAUUGAAAGAGAGGAUAGAUUCAUAUAUUGAAACCAUAGGCUAAUGUAUCAAUUAUAAAUAAAAGCAAUGUGAUCAUAUAAUGUUUGGAUAUUGCACCCAUUUACAAAUAUUAUAGAUUUGCGGAGCUGUAUAUAUUCGGCUUAACGAAUAAGAAGGAUCAGGCAGUGUAGUCAGCUAUAACUUGAAACAGAGGAGAUAAGGAAUACAAUAGUUAUUCUGCAUUUUAUGUGGUUUUUAAGUUGCACUAUUUUUCUACCUAUCUCUGUGUUUUGGACGUUGAAACUUACCAAAUGCUAUGUGUAGCCUGUGUCUGAAACACCCUAGUCUUGUCCAUUUGUUCAGCUCCAGUGCUUUGACCAUGUUUGAUCCGCUGUCGGUAGUCAUACAUACUUGACGCAACUCUUUCAAGCCCCAGGAUGAAAGUGCCUCCCUCAGCCCAGCUGCAAUUAUUCUCUGGUGUGGUCGUCUGGGAAAUGAGAGGUCUGAAGGCAUUUGCUUUGCAGCUUCCAGUUGUCGUCAAUGUAAUGAACCGUAAGGCUAAUGUAUGGCUCUGUGGUCAGGCUUGACCAUAAGUUGGCAGUGGUAGAGAAGAAUGCAGCGUUACGGAUUUCGUUGGCAUCUCUGUCCCGACAUUCUGUGUAGAGUUCUGGCAGACAUGUUUUGCUGAAGUAUUUACGGCUCGGGAUCUCAUAUCUUGGGUCUAGAGUUCGAAUCAACUUUCUGAAACAUUCUGUCUCCACAGUUUGAAUUGGUUCCAUGUCUUUCGCUAUGUGAUACGUAAUUGCGCUCGUUAUCUCAUUCCACUUCUUGCUCUUCUUGUCAUAGGGAGUACCACUAACAAAUGAUUAUUCGAGUGAUAGCUGAGUGCGUCUCUGGCUUGAAGAUGUCUUGGGACUUGCUCUGGGGGUUGUUGCAUGCAUUCUGGUAGAUUCUUCAUAUUCGCGCACGCAGGGUUUUUCAGGUGGUGGAAAAGAUUGCUGGUGUUUCCACCUUUUGGCUAGCACAAUGCGUCGACACAACUUCCACAGUACUGUUUGUUGGUCAAGGUGGGAUGUCUUAAAGCCAAACCAGUUCCAAACGACAGAGGAGGCCCCCUUUUUUUCAAACCAAUUCUUAGUCCUUCUGCAAAUCAUCCUCUAUAGCGUUAUUUUCCUUGUCUUCAGUCGUCCUCAAUGCUUGCUUACACUGCUAUAUGCUAUUACCAUGUUGGUGCAUACGAUUGGCAUGCCCUGAUAAUGGCCCAUUCUAAAUGGAAACCAAUUUCACACACACAUAUUAUUUAGUAUAAUAUGUAAAGACAAUAUUAAAUUGAGAAUAGUCUGAUGGGUGAGAAGAAUAUUAUCACAUGUGAAUGAGACUAAUGACUGCGUGUGCGGUCUAGGCAAGAAACCGAGCGAAAGCCUUUGCGACUUUUUUCAAAUCAUCCAUUGAGUCGCAUCAUGCAGCCCAUAUUUAGAUUUCUAAGACAUUCUACGCUUUAUCACAACUAAAGUUGCAAAAUAAUUAUAAAGUAAGCGUAUAGGACCUGUUUCAAAUACACUUUUUACACCACACAGAAUAGCCGCUCAAUGUGCGCACUCCCUUGGCAAUCUUUUGAGAAAUAUCCUUUCUAUUUUAUUCAGCUUUAUGUUGACUUAUAGUCAUAACUAUAAAAUCAUAUAUAAAAUAAUGCAUAUCUUGUCUGCUAUAAAUUAACUAGACCACACCCUAGACGCAAGGUCAGCAACUCAGGCUGACUCAGAAUAUGAAAUUCUGUUCUUCUGGGGGGGAAAAUACUUCAUAAUGUUUCUUAAGGCCUGCCUAAAGUAAAUAAUGGAUUUAUUGUGAUGGUAUGUAGAUGUAGCCUAUAGUGUAUGGAUUUAGCCUAUGCGUGGAAGCCGGAGAUGCUUAAUGUGUUUGUUUUAACGGUCAAUUACUGAGACCGGCAGUCAUUUGCCAUCUGUCAGCAUAUAGCUGACAGAGUUUCAUGACCGCCACAGCCCUAGGGACACCGAGGGGAGAGAUGUGAACACCUUCCUAAGAGUUGCACACCCUAUUGCCCUCAGAACAGCCUCAAUUCGUCAGGGCAUGGGCUCUACAAGGUGUUGAAAGCGUUCCACAGGGAUGCUGGCCCAUGUUGACUCCAAUGCUUCCCACAGUUAUCAAGUUGGCUGGAUGUACUUUAGAUGGUGGACCAUUCUUGAUACACACUGGAAACUGUUGAGCUUGAAAAACCCAGCAGCGUUGCAGUUUUUGACACAUUCAAACCGGUGCGCCUGGCACCUACUACCAUACCCUGUUCAAAGGCACUUAAAUAUUUUGUCUUGCCCAUUCAACCUCUGAAUGGCACACAUACACAAUCCAUGUCUCAAAUGUCUUGAGGCUUAAAAAUCAGUCUUUAAGCUCUCUUCCCCUUCAUCUACACUGAUUUUUGAAGUGGAUUUAACAGGUAACAUCAGUAAAGGAUCAUAGCUUUCACCAAGUCAGUUUGUCAUGGAAAGAGGUGUUCCUAAUGCUUUGUAAACUCAGUGUAUGUGUUAAAUCCCCUCUUUGUGUGUGUUUGCAAGUGUGUUGACGUAUGUAGUUGUUUCUCUUUUUGCCUCAUCUUUCAGUGCGGUCAGAGGAGAAUGUGUUUGAAAUGGGUCCUGGAGAUAGAGGGGCCGACCGUGGUCGCAGGGGGAGGGGCGUUGCUGGCAGAGGUGAGUGUUACUGGUACUAAGAAAAUAAUGGAACCACAUUCUAUAGCUUUGAUGCAAUUGAUUUCAUUAAAUGUUGGUUAUUUGAUACAUCUAUUGCAUCGGGAGCUUUACAGUGUGACAAACAUUCUUUUUCCUAAGUGUUCUGUACCGUCUGCCUGCACCUCGUGAAAUCAGUUGUAUGUUUGCCCUUUCUACUAUGUUACUACCAUCAAUAUACCCCACCACGUCCCACCAAGCUUUGUUGUACCAUGCCACACCCUGAGCAGCCUCCAUACUCCAUACUGUGCCCCCAGGGCCCUAAAAAAUUUAAAUAAAAAAUCGCUGGUGCUCUCAACUUUAAAGUUAGGAGCACAACAUACAAUUUAGGAGCACCAGAAAUUAAAAUAUAUACACUACCGGUCAAAAGUUUUAGAACACCUACUCAUUCAAGGGUUUUUCUUUUACUAUUUUCUGCAUUGUAGAGUAAUAGUGAAUACAUCAAAACUAUGAAGUAACACAUAUGGAAUCAUGUAGUAACCAAAUAAGUGUUAAACAAAUCAAAAUAUAUUUUAUAUUUGAGAUUCUUCAAAUAGCCACCCUUUGCCUUGAUGACAGCUUUGCACACUCUUGGCAUUCUCUCAACCAGCUUCACCUGGAAUGCUUUUCCAACCGUCUUGAAGGAGUUCCCACAUGCUGAGCACUUGUUGGCUGCUUUUCCUUCACACGACGGUUGGAACCAAAAAUCUAAAAUUUGGACUCCAGACCAAAGGACAAAAUUCCAUUGCUCGUGUUUCUUGGGCCCAAGCUAGUUAUCUUCUCAUUGCUGUCCUUUAGUAGUGGUUUCUUUGCAGCAAUUUGACAUGAAGGCCUGAUUCACACAGUCUCCUCUGAACAGUUGAUGUUGAGAUGUGUCUGUUACUUGAACUCUGUGAAGCAUUUAUUUGGGCUGCAAUUUCUGAGGCUGGUAACUCUAAUGAAUUUAUCCUCUGCAGCAGAGGUAACUCUAGGUCUUCCGUUCUUGUGGCAGUCCUCAUGAGAGCCAGUUUCAUCAUAGCGCUUGAUGGUUUUUGCGACUGCACUUGAAGAAACGUUCAAAGUUCUUGAAAUGUUCCGUAUUGACUGACCUUCAUGUCUUAAAGUAAUGAUGGACUAUCGUUUCUCUUUGCUUAUUUGAGCUAUUCUUACCAUAAUAUGGACUUAGCCCUAUUUGGUAAAAGGCCAUCUUCUGUAUUCCCCCCCUACCUUGUCACAACACAACUGAUUGGCUCAAACGCUUUAAGAAGGAAAUAAAUUCCACAAAUUAACUUUUAAGAAGUCACACCGGUUAAUUGAAAUGCAUUCCAGGUGACUACCUCAUGAAGCUGGUUGAGAGAAUGCCAAGAGUGUGCAAAGCUGUCAUCAAGGCAAAGGGUGGCUACUUUGAUGAAUCUCUAAUAUAAAAUAUAUUUCGUUUUGGUGAACACUUUUUUGGUUACUACAUGAUUCCAUUUGUGUUAUUUCAUAGUUUUGAUGUCUUCACUAUUAUUCUACAAUGUAAAAAAUAGUCAAAAAUAAAGAAAAACCGUUGAAUGAGUAGGUUUGACGGGUAGUGUUGUGUGUGUGUGUAUGUACAGUACCAGUCAAAAGUUUGGACACACCAAGGUAGGAUGCAUAUGCCUAAAUGUAGUUCUAAGCCAAAUCUGAAAUCAAUAUUUUUCUGGUGUUCCUUAAAUUAUUUUUGAUGGCCAGCUUUUAGGAGUUGUGUGUGUGUGGGAGAGAAUGGGUGUGUGGAGGCUGUGUAAAGUUAUCUGAAAAGUAAGCUACAGUGAGGGAAAAAGUAUUUGAUCCCCUGCUGAUUUUGUAUGUUUGCCCAAUGACAAAGAAAUGAUCAGUCUAUCAUUUUAAUGGUAGGUUUAUUUGAACAGUGAGAGACAGAAUAACAACAAAGAAAUCCAGAAAAACGCAUGUCAAAAAUGUUAUAAAUUGAUUUGCAUUUUAAUGAGGGAAAUAAGUAUUUGACCCCCUCUCAAUCAGAAAGAUUUCUGGCUCCCAGGUGUCUUUUAUACAGGUAACGAGCUGAGAUUAGGAGCACACUCUUAAAGGGAGUGCUCCUAAUCUCAGUUUGUUACCUGUAUAAAAGACACCUGUCCACAGGAGCAAUCAAUCAAUCAGAUUCCAAACUCUCCACCAUGGCCAAGCUGAGAACUACACGGGAGGAUCUUGUCAAUGAUCUCAAGGCAGUUGGGACCAUAGUCACCAAGAAAACAAUUGGUAACACACUACGCCGUGAAGGACUGAAAUCCUGCAGCGCCCGCAAGGUCCCCCUGCUCGAGAAAGCACAUAUACAGGGCCGUCUGAAGUUUGCCAGUGAACAUCUGAAUGAUUCAGAGGAGAACUGAGUGAAAGAUGAGACCAAUAUCGAGCUCUUUGGCAUCAACUCAACUCGCCGUGUUUGGAGGAGGAGGAAUGCUGCCUAUGACCCCAAGAACACCAUCUCCACCGUCAAACAUGUAGGUGCAAACAUUAUGCUUUGGGGGUGUUUUUCUGCUAAGGGGACAGGACAACUUCACCGCAUCAAAGGGACGAUGGACGGGGCCAUGUACCGUCAAAUCUUGGGUGAGAACCUCCUUCCCUCAGCCAGGGCAUUGAAAAUGGGUCGUGGAUGGGUAUUCCAGCAUGACAAUGACCCAAAACACACGGCCAAAGCAACAACGGAGUGGCUCAAGAAGAAGCACAUUAAGGUCCUGGAGUGUCCUAGCCAGGCUCCAGACCUUAAUCCCAUAGAAAGUCUGUGGAGGGAGCUGAAGGUUCGAGUUGCCAAACGUCAGCCUCGAAACGUUAAUGACUUGUGGUCUGUAUCGCGAUACUUGGCCUAGUAUCACAUUGUUAGUGAAAAUGUUGGGCUUGUGACGACCUCAUUCUGAAAAUAGCCGCAGUUCUAGCAUGUUUCCGUGCGCAAAAUGUCACCCUUUUUUGCGCCCUCACCAGUCUGUAGCCUUGCAUUACAUAGAAAAUUGUACACACUCUUUAAAAAAGUUUGUGACGACAUGCAAGAGAUCAGUCAGUCUCAUUCAUUAGUUGCUAUGGUCAUUGAUCUCCUGAAGAAGCUGUCCCUUUUAUUUCUGUGCCCUUAAAUGUUUAGGUAAAGUUACCGGGUUGUUAGCUAGAUAACUGAACAAGGUGUAAACAAAUAAUUAACGGCUUGCGAGUAGACCUAGUUUUAGAACUGCCCGCGACAUGGAUGUAUAAAUGUGGCCCGCCAAUGUGUGAUGGAAAGAAAGAAAUGUAGCACUGGUUAUUUGGGUCAAAUCUUUUGAACUGUUUGGCCUAGAAUCAAUCUGUUUUGAUUGUUAAUGGUGCAACCAUGACCGGCACCUUUCUCUAGGAUACUUUUUAUCUGUACAGCGAAGCCUAGUCAUAACAAUUAUUCUGGGUGAUUUACUUUUCUCUGCACACUGGUGCAGGUUGUACAGCAAAAUAUUUUGGAGCAUAUGCUACCAAAAUAGUCGCAAUUUAGAGCCCCGUGUGCCCCACAAUAACAUUCCACUUUACUAUGCUGUUUGCUACAAUAGCCUCCACAAUAACCCUCCCUGAUCAGAGUUGUGCUAAACCCAUCCUUUAUACUCUACCGUGCCCUUGUGUACCCAAAAUGGAAUGUAAAGUGGGCAUUUCGGCAUCUAGUGGGGUGGGUGUAGAGUUUUAGUUGGCAAUGUGUCUAUUUGUGUCACCCAGCAAUUACCACAAGUGCCAUACAACGUGUGGAAUGUACUGUCCUGCAGCUGCUAGGGAGCGGGUGGGCGGUGGGACUAGCCAGGGGGGGUUGUUUUUGUUGGGACAGUCAAAGACAGACGUGCAUAGUGUGAGGGUGGGGUCAGGAGUGCCUGUGAUGGCAGUUGCUGUCUCUAAAUGUAUUUGUCAUAUGUCUUAACUUAAACUGUCUAGGCUAAGCCAGCCCUCGAAUACUGAUCUAAAGCCUGUCAAAUGGUGUCACCGUUGUCAAGCUGAAGUCUAGACACUCAUUUCUGAUAAGCAAGUAAUGUUAGUCUGUCAGUCUGUUCAAAAUUCUCUAGCAGUCUACACGUGUAACUCACCCAUAUUAACAUGCCCCCCUCUAACCUAUGCUUGUGUGUUUGAAGCAAUGGAUAUCAGACGUGUGUGCGGAAAACGUAUGUCUGUUUUUAAAACUCACAAACAUCACGUGUGAUUAUUAGACAGAGGUUUGUGUGUCUUGCAGCAGAGGUCAGACGUGUUUCUGUGUGUGUCCUUAGGUUUGGCGGGUCGCGGAAGAGCAGCUGGUGGGAACCGGUUCUCCUCUCAGGGGAUGGGGUGAGUUGGGAAAAACCACACAUGAGGAGAGCCACCCAUUUUCUCCCUCUGUUCAUGUCUGUUCAGCCCAGUAUCCAGGAGGUCUUUAGUGUGUGUGUAGGUGGCUGUUUCACUGUAUCGUAGCAUUGCAGAAUAAUGGCUAUAAUGAUUAGACAUAGAUGAACCCCUAAACAACCUCUCUUCACCUCAGAAUCUUCAACCCCGCUGACUACAAUGCCAACUCUGGCGCGUCUCGCCAGGAAACCUGGGAAACGGAGGGGAGCGACGGUGGAGAUGGAACAGGUUAGACCUUUCAAGCAUGCCAGUUGAUUUUAGAUGGCCAAAUGGGUUUCCCUGAGGUGGGAAAUGUAGGCCCAGUCCUUUUCAAGUUGUAUGUUUUAGAGCUUUAAAGUGUAGUAGUAGUGGUGGUGCAGCACUGGCCACAGUUGGAGCUGUGAUGUUUGGCCUCAACUUGGGCUGUGUUCAUUAGGCACCGCCGGGAAGAAAACGGACAAACUGGAAGGGACUAGGUUAGUUUUGUCCAAUAAGAAACUCCUUUUUUCGUUUUCCGUUGUGAUACGUUUUCUCUAGGAGGUGUCCUAAUGAACACAACCCAGCUUUUAUUGUGCUGACUGAGCUCUGUUGGCCAGAGUAGGCAUGAAGACGUGUUUACCUUAUAUACCCCUACUGUCCCCUACCCUCGUAGGAGGAACAUGGAGAGGCAACUUAGAAGACUGGGCUGCAGAAGACUGGAAUGAGGAUGUGAGUGAUUGCCACUUUUCACUUUAUAUUCCAGUGGGGACAUACAACAAAGGUUCUCUUCCUGAUGUUUCUGUUUUUAUCAACAGCUGUCUGAAACCAAAGUGUUCACUGCCUCUGCUCCUGCAAACCACAUCACACCUGGACACAAGUAAGGGCUCCAAUCUAAUUCUCACACAGUAAAGCACACUUUACACCCAUUACAUACUCGAGUACCUCUGUUGGCUCUCUCUGAUAGCACUAAUUACAUUGGCUGGGGUUGGUAUGCGAGUGUUUCUCUGUACCGGCAUUUCAAAUGAUGGAGAUAAUGAUGGUUACAAGCACAUAGCUGAAUCCUAAUAUGUGGACUACCUCAAUCUCUGAAUCUCCUUCCGUCCUGUAACUACAUUAUUUUUCCAUUACAUUCUCACUCUGCUCAACUUCUCAUUGAGAUAGAUAUAAAUGCUGGGAAAAAGAAGCAGUAUCAGGGUACAACACUAAACUCUGCAUUCAGUGCCCCAUUGUAAACUCUGCUGGUUGACUUUCUUAUCCCCCCUCUGUAGUGUGGGCUUGGCCUUGCUGCUGCCCAAGGCGGGCGGUGUGGAAGCGGAGCUGGGUGGCAUGGAGCCCCCUGCUGUCGAGGGCCUGGGAGGCCAUAGCCUGGUGUUCACCAACUCCCAUCACAAUGGCACUCGCACUGCCACACACAGCUACGCCAGCGCCGCCGCCAACAGCUACGCCCACGCCGCCCUGGUGAGGCAGCCAGCCACACGCAUGCCCAUAACAUGGUUACACACAUUCAUAUUCUUAAAUGCUUAUACAUGCACACUAGUAAUAUGCUCUCAAGUGAAUUUAGACAUCCGUACAUGCUUUCAGACAGACACAUUAUCAACUCUCGCUCUCUCUCUCCCCCCCCCCCAGCCCCCACGUCAGUCCUCAGUCCUGGGCUCUGGUUUUGGGGCUCUGAGUGGGCCCAAGCCGGCCCAAGAUGAGGUCAGGAUACCAGAGCAGCUCAACGGGCCCCGGCUCGCCCCGCGGCCCAAUCAGCAGCUGGUCACCACGGGCAAUGGCUGUGUCGCCAAAGAAUCCGGUCCACCUGCAGUUGAAGUCCCCUCCCCCAUUUCCGCCAGCGAAUUCAAGGCCCCAAGAGUGGAGAAUGGCCCAGUUCCAACCUCUCAAUGUAAGACACACACAGGUACUAUCACCCGGAAAUCAAGUUUCAAGUGUGGGUACGUCAUUGCUUGUCUGUAUCGGCUUGUCGAAGAGGAGAUGAUGGUUACAAGCACAUAGCUGAAACUUAACAUGUGGACUACCGCUGACUGAAUCUCCUUCCGUCCUCAAAUUGCAUUCUUUCCCCAACACAUUAUCACUCUGUUCAACAUCUCUUUCUACCCCCCCCAAUCUAAAUAGUCUAUUGAGAUCUAAUGGUGACCCAGUGGGGGGGAGAAGCAUCAGGGUACACCAAGAACCUUAAGUCAGUGUUCUAUUGUAAAUGCUGCCACACAUAGCUGGUCCUUAUUCACUCCUUAGUCCCAUCCCCUGGGUCCUAACCCAUUCAAUGUUUGCAGAUCUGACGAGUCUGGAUAGGUGUAAGCAGUGUAGUGGUGGUGGAGCAAACAUUGAAGGGGAAGGAUAAGGGAGUCAAUUGGGACCAACAGCCAUCCUGGCACAAUAUUCUUCAUACAUGUAUUUACUGUACUCCCAAUACCACCGUUAACCCCUCUGUCGGUCUCUGUCUUCUCCAGUGGAUCUGAAGAUGCAGCCGGAGCCGUCCGCUGUCCUCAGCCAACUGGCCCAGCGGCAGCAGCAGGCCCAGCAGAGCUCUCUGCCCAAGGCAGAGCCUCUGUCUCUUCCCCCCUCGGUCCCCACUCCCCCAGGCCACGGCCACUACGACGCCGGGCCCCCGCCUCCCAGAGAUGGGCCUUCCCCCGGUGUCAAGCUGGCUCUCGACCACCAGGCCCCCAUGGCUGAACCCCAACAGAGGCAGAUCAAGACCCAGAGACGCAGAGUACCACCUCCCUCCAAGGUUAGGAAAUGUGUGUGUGUGGAAAUAGAGGCUGCAUGCUCACUUAGAGGGUACAUAAAAGGAGUGUUUGUUUCUCUAAUUGUAAACAUCUACAAGUAGUGAGUAACUUUGCAUGCUCUUACACAUUGGGUCUGAAAGUGUGGUCAUUAAUCACACUGUGAAUAGCAGAUGUACAUUGAUGUGAUUUCGUGCGUAAAUUUCCCUCACCCUCUUUCUUUAUCCAUCUCUUGCUUUCUCUCUUCAGAUCCCCUCGUCGGCUGUGGAGAUGCCAGGCUCGGCAGACGUGUCUGGUCUCAACGUGCAGUUUGGGGCUCUGGACUUUGGCUCGGAGCCCAGUGUGACUGACAUGGGCCACCAGGCUGAGCCUGCCAGGGAGCCGGCCUCCACAGCCGUACCUCAGCCCCAGAGUAGCUUGUUCUCAAAACCUGGAUCUGUCAGGUGUGUUUUUAUUUUUGGCAUAAUUAGUCUCACUGUUGUAUGGGCGUAGAGGCCAAGGUGAACUUGUCUCACACUAACUCUUCCCUCUGUUGCAGUGAGCCCCUGGGCAGCUCGCCAUCCAUGCCUCUGGUGUCGGACCCCAGUUUCCCCUCCCCGUCUCUGGGCUUGCCCUGUGCCACGCCCUCUCCCUCCCUGGGUCUCCCCUGCGCCGCCCCACCCUCCUCCAACCCCUCGGCUAGCAGAGUGGACAGUGGCCCUCCGCGGAGCAUGCCCUCGCACCUAGGCUACUCCCAGAGCAAAGACGCCCCCUCCUCCCCUCUCACCGUGAGUCACCCACACUUCACUUUUCAGGUGUGGUCAACACACACUGUCUCUGACUCGAUUUAAGACUACUCCUCCUGUCACUUGUAAAUAUGGAGAUAAUGAUGGUUACAAGCACAUAUCUGAUUCUUAUGUGGAAUACCUCAAUGACUGAAUCUCCUAUUGUCAAUGGACAUUUUGAAGACCCUAAGCGUGAUUUUAAGAUGACUAGAGCUUUACUGUAAGAGCGCUAUAUGCCCAAGAACACCCUUUCAAAAGGCUUGUGACCACUGAUACAGGACGUAUCAUUGUUAGUGAAAUCAGAUGGCCCACUGAGUGUCAAUGUCUUCUUUCACAGAAUGGCUAUUGUGGCAUGAGGACACAGGGCCCACAGGACUGUAAGUACCCAGGAGAAUUUGUGGUUGACAAAACAGAAACCCCUUUUGAAGGAAAAGGUGUUCUUAGUUGAUGUUUAAGACAAAAAAAACGAGUCCAGCAUGCUUGCUUAUCUGUCCGUCUCUCUCUUCUUUCUCAGCAACGUCAUUGGCCUCUCGUACCCAAAAGCCAGAGUCGCCGCCCAUGAGCAGUGAAAGUGGCCCCGUCCACCAUGUUCCCUCCCCGGCCCCCACGCCCUCCCACUCCGCCCCCCUGCCAUCCCUCAGCGGGUAAGCCCAUCACUCUCCCCCAGUCAUUCUCAUGAUAAUGGUGAUAAUUAUGUUUACAAGUACAUAGUGGAAUCUUUAUUUUUUAGGGGGUACAUAGCUGAAUCUUAAUAUUUGGACUACCUCAAUGACUGAAUCUCCCAUGUUGACUCAGUAGAAUUGAAGUCAUUAUCGGUUGGUUAAACCCUUUUAACCCUAUCAGUCCCGAGACCCCAGCAAAAAUGGGCUUUUCAUUUAUCUGCAUGUCCAGCCCUUAUAUUUAGCCUCACAAUGAAGUGUUUUACCAUUUUCUUUUCAGGACAACCAGGGCUACAAGUAGAACACACCAUUUGACAUAAAUAGUUGCUUUCAUGAGUUUUAUUGACAAAUGUCAAUUGGAAAAGUACAGUCCACCAAAGCAAAAACCUGAUAAAAAUGAAUGCUGUAAGUACAGAAGUUGUUUGCUCACUGGGAAAUUAAUAUCCAACUAGUCAGUGACAACGGUUUGGCGUUUGUGAUAGAAACUGUUAGCUUAUCACAGUAUUAUAUACACUAUAUCCUGGGAUUUCCUAUGAUUUACAUUUCACAUUUUAGUCAUUUAGCAGACGCUCUUAUCCAGAGCGACUUACAGUUAGUGAGUGCAUACAUUUUUCAUACUGGCCCCACGUGGGAAAUGAACCCACAACCCUGAGCUACAGGGGACCAUGAUCUAUCUAGAAGAACCCCUUACCUUCUAACGACUCUUGUAUAGCUUGUUAGGGUCAUAGAGCAAAACCUGUGCAUGUUCGUGAAAGUCUCAGCUUUUCAUAGAUGGCUUUUAAUAGUUCUUAGCUCAAACCAUUUGGACUUUACAGACAUUUUUGGGAAAAAAAGACCCGGGCCCCUUUGGGAUCUGUCAUUGUCUUACAAACACUGCUCUAGCUCAGCCCCCGUUUGCAACGCCAGGGUUGUGGGUUCGAUUCCCACGGGGGGCCAGUAUGAAAAAUACAAAAAAUAAUGUAUGCACUCACUAACUGUAAGUCGCUCUGGAUAAGAGCGUCUGCUAAAUGACUAAAAUGUAAAUGUUAAUCACACAGACUAAUGGUAUCUACGGAUGCAGAAGAAAUGGACGAAUCCAAUGGUACAACCCAAAAGUGUGUAGCUCAAACACAGUGUUUAACUCUCUACAGACUAAGCCCUGUCUAAGCCUACCAAGCUAUAUGGAAUUGCUUUAAGGUCAUACCAAUAAUUUAGCUAUUUGAUUUUGAAUUUUAAGAACUCUUGAAGUACCAAAGAAAAUAUUAACAAAUUAUUGGAUUAACAUUUUUGUUUGGGCUUACUACUAUUAGCCCAUACAAACUCAUUAAAUAACAGAUUCACUACAUGGAACAGAUAGUCGUCGUCGUCGUCGUCGUCCCCCCCCCCCCCCCCCAACAAAAAAAUAAAUAAUCAAAAGGAAGUUUGUUCUGAAGUGUCUGUCCUAUGUCUGAGAUAUAAAAAAAAGAUCAGGAAACAUAUGUAUUUUUUAAAAAAAAAACAUGUAUUUAACCUCUUUUUGGUACUAAACAGUCUCCAUAUAUACUUCUGUUCAUUAAAAAAAAAUAACCUGGUACCGGGGGACCUUCAGACGAGACUUGUGGGGCCUGUGGGCGUCCUAGAGCAAAAUCCGACUUGUUCGUGAGAGUCUCAGCUUUCCACAGAGGGUCAUAUUAGUGUGUAGCCCAAACUGUUCGGACGCUACAGACAGAAGUUGGCAGGUCGUCUGUACCGACUUCAGACGAGUCCCAAGAUGCUUGUGUGGGUCGUAGAGCAAAACGGAGAACACAUCGUGUUCGUGAGAGUCAUCUUUCCAAAGAGGGGUCAUAAUAGUUUGUAUUCCAAACCGUUCGGACACUACAGAUUUUGAGAGAAUGAUUUUCGGGAUGUCUCAUGGUCAGACAAACACCGCUCUAGCUCUGCCACAGUGCGACAUUGGCGGAUGUGGUGGAUUGAGAUGCAUCCAGUGCCAAAAACAAUAUCUCUAGCUUAAACAGACAGCUUUUGGGGGGGAUUCUAGGGGGUUUAAAGGGGUUAGAAGUCCAAAACGCGCUCACGUUACGGUGGUACUCAUUGGGUUAAUACGCAUCAGAUGAUUUGGUAACAUUACCUGUUUCUCUGCUGCUGUCUCUCCAGUCAUGUCACCAGUACAUACUCGUCAGGAUCUGCCCUCUCUACAAGCUCCUCCCUCACGGUAAGCACAGCCUCUUCUUCUUGGGCUAACGUAAAACACGUCCUAGACGGUGUGUGUCUGGUUGUUGAUCGCAGAGGGACUGGUCUUUAAAUAAGCACUGAGACACUGGAGAGGAAAAAGGCAACCAAUAAAGCUAAGGUUCUGUCAGGCUAACUCUCUCCCUCCACCCUACCAUACAGAUGACCAGUGAGGAGAGCAGCAGUCUCCACGCCUUCUCCUCCUCGGGCCCUUCGAUCAAUGCCGCUGUUAGCAGCUCCAAUGGCAUGAUGCACGGCCCCGGAGCGCUUGGUCUGACCGGCAACGCCGCCCUCUCAGCCGCCGGGCGCACCGCCCAACCUCUGCUGACCACCACCUCGGGUGAGUCCAGGAGAACCCUGCCGUCACACAUAGGUUUGUUACGGUCACUUAAUGGUCCUAUUCCAGGGUUUCCCAGACUCGGUCCUAGGGACCCCAAGGGGUGCACAUAUUGGUUUUUGCCCUAGCACUACACAGCUGAUUUAUAAUAAUCAACUAAUCAUCAAGUUUUGAACAUUUUGAAUCAGCUGUGUGGUGUUAGAAAAAACAAAACGUGCACCCCUUGGGGUCCCAAGGACAGAGUUUGGGAAACGCUGUCCUACUCCCUCUGCUUAUUUGACCAUUGAUUAUAGACCAGUGUGGUUUUUGACUCCUCUUUCUCUCUCUUUCUUGUGUUCCACAGGCAAACCCCCCCCUAACCUGGCCCAAGGAGUGCCCCCUCUGUUGGCCAAUCAGUACAUUAUGGGCCCUGGAGGCCUGCUUCCUGCAUACCCGGUAACUACGCUACCCCUCUUUUUCUCUCUAGCCCGCCAUCCCUCUUUCUCGCUCUCCUCUUUCAUACCAUUGGUUCUUGCUUAGUGAGUUGUGGUCGAAUAUUUUGACUAUUUCAGUUGAACUGUAUCAACUGACCUGUGUUCUUUUGUCCUGCUCUAAAGCAGAUCUAUGGAUAUGAGGACCUGCAGAUGCUUCAGUCUCGUCUGCCUAUGGUGAGCGACCUUUCACACAUGGAACAUCACUUACUACGUCGAUGAAGAGCAAUGCAGCACACAUUUCUGUUUGCCCAGAUGGACUCUCGCACGGUCUCUGGUUUAGAUGUAGUUUUAGUAGACCCAGACAUAAAUAAAUGUUAAUGAUUUAAUAUUGUGUCUGUCUUAAUAUGGAGAUCAUGAUGGUUACAAGCACAUAGCUGAAUCCUAAUAUGUGGACUACCUCAAUGACUGAAUCUCCUGUGUUGAAUCUGAUUUAUUUGGUAAUGUUACUGUUUUCUCUCCUUCUGUCUCUAGUUUAAACUGGUGUAUUUCUCCAUCUCUCUGUAGGACUACUACGGAGUCACAUUCCCUGGUACAACGGCAACGAUGCCUGGCAGAGAUGGGCUAGCCACCAAUCCAUACUCAGGUAAAGCACUCAUCUCGGAGGCCAGAACCAAAUCUUGUGUGUGCACCAUAAUAUGGAGAUGAUGAUGGUUACAAGCACAUAGCUGAAUCUUAAUAUGUGGACUAUCUCAAUGACUGAAUCUCCCAUCUCCUCUGACUAACAGUAGAUUUAAAGCUUGAUUUACUUCUGGUGGGCAGUAGUGGUUUGGAGGUGACUUAGCCUAAUACAGACAGUCUGUUCUACUAAAUAUAUUCCCAAAUAAAUGUGCACUGAACUGACAUGCAUGAUUGUUGAUGACAAUCCGAUGUUCAGAUGAAGGGAAUUAAAUAUUAUAUAGCAGCGCUCACCUCAGACAGUGGUGUGAAGCCUACUGUAGCUGCUGGUAAAGUCAUUCAAAACAUAUACUUUAUCGCUCAGGAUGUAACUUUCCAGUGCUACUAUUUUUGCCAUGUAAUGUUAUUAAAACAUAAUCCGACAACCUCAUAGUAGAAUAGUUUACCUAUUUACCUAGUCGGCUUGUUGCGUGUUCUAUCCGAGCUAAAUAUUCCUUGAGGCGCAUUCAAGUUGCGAGAGCCAUAGGAGGUAAACAUAUUCUGACUAGCAGUCCAAUUCACAACAAUUCAUAACGCAAUCACGGGAAAACACUUUUGAAAUUCGUUUUGUUAGAGGGGAUCCCAGUUUUACAUUGCUACCACGUUUAUUUCUUUACUCCUUCAGUUGCGCAUGUGGCAUCAUUUUACAAAUGCAGUUUUACGACCAGAGUUUCAAGCAUGGUUUUUAGGUGCAGCUGCACAACAGAGCUCUUAAAUGGGCAAUGUCCUCUUAAAAGGGCAAUGACAUACAUUGUAAUAUUUUAAAGUGAAUAAUAAUGAAUAAUGUAUUUAAUAAUUAAUAAUAAUCAGGAUGUUGUGUCCAAUGGGGUAAAUGCAAAUGGACAAACCCCAUGCUUCAGCCUAUGUACAUUUUAUAGCCACUAUGCUUCAUCAGUUGGGCUACAGGUGAUAAUGCUUAUUGCUAAUAGCACAUCUGAUAAUAUAGACCAUGCAUAGGCUAUAUGCACAUGGUCCAAUAUGUACAAAUUAUUUUAACAACAUUUUUACAAGUAUGUUAUUGUGCCCAUUUCUGGAGGUAGAAAUUAUAUUUUAGAUGGUGUCAGCAUCAAUUUAUUAUCAUCAUUUUUGGAGAAGAAUGUCCUUUUAAAAAGUCGCCAGAACGGAGCUUCUCAGUCCUACAUAAAACAAUUCUGGGGGAGGACCUCAGAUCCCCUAACCAAGGGGACUGGAAUUGGUCAAACUCUGUUUAAUACUGUACAAAAUUAUCCUCUUUCCCUAAAAGCAUGAUGAUUAUGACUUUCUUACAUGAAAGGGGAGGUUAACUUGGCCCCAGACAAUCGAUCUGAGAUAGACGUAAGUUUGUCAUGGGAUUUUUGUUGUUGCUUUAAACCCCUGUGUUUCGGUGCUGUGCAAGGGUCGGAAGCCAGACUGGAAAACCUUGUACAACUGAUUAGAUGACAGAUGCGAUUAAAGCUGGUUUGCAACCACUUUCUCCAGUACGUUUGAUAGGAAGGGGAGGUUGGAGAUGGGCCUGUAGUUGAAUAGGAUCUCCUGGGCAAGGUUGGGUUUCUUCAGUCCCGGUGACUGCAGCUGUUUUUUGAAUAUUGAGGGUACUUCUCCAGUCAGCAGGGACUUGUUGAUCAGGGUGGUGAUAAACAUAAGCAGGCUAGAUGAGCAGGUUUUGAGAAGGGAUGUAGUGAUAGGGUCAAGGGAGCAAGUGGUGACCUUCAUUUUAGAGAUGAUUGACUGCACAGCGGAUGUGAAGUUGUUGACGUGAGGGGCAGUCUUCGAGGCCAUGAUUGUCAUGCUGGUGUCAAUCUUUGUCUUGAAAGAAUCUAAGAAGCAAUGUCACUGGUCAAAUGCGAGAGAGAAUGAGUUUGCAGGGUUGAAAAGGUGACUAUAUGUAGAAAACAGGGUUCUGCGGUUACCUUUUUGUUAUUGUCAAUCGUGGCAGAGUAGAAGGUUGAUUGUGCUGCUUUUAAGGCAGCAGAGUAGCUUGCCUGGUGGUCUUUAUAGGCCAGUAGGUGGACAGUGAGGCCAUCCUAGCUCCAAUGUCUCUCAAGCUUACAGCCAUGAGUCUUCAUUCUGUGCAGUUUGUCAGUGAACCAAGGGGGCAAGCGUUGGAAUGUUACUUCACAUGUUUUUUCAGUGGCAAAAAUGUUCAGGGUGUAACUGAGUGCUGUUAUACAGGUUGACCAUGUCAUCAAGGGCCCGCUCAUUGCAGUCGGACUCAAAGGUGGGCUGGAUGUGUUCCUGAAAGAAGAAUGGAUUGAGUUUCCUCAGGUUGAGGAAUUUAAUGGUGCUCUUUGGUUGGUGGAGAGGAGUUGGAGCGGUCAGAGACGCCUAGCUCGAUGACAUCCAAGUCAGGGACAUCACCAGUGAUAAUGAGGUCCAAUGUGUGUCCACGGUUGUGGGUGUGAACAUUUACAUGUUGCACAAGGUUUAGACAAUCCAGCAAGUCAGCAACCAUAGAGCACUUGGGUGAGUCAACAUGGAUGUUAGUCUCCCAAAAUUCCAAUGUUGGCGAGGGUGGGGCAUAGAGGUUAAUAUAUUGAACAUCAAUAGAAACGCAACAUGUAACGUCUUGGGCCCAUGUUUCAUGAGCUGAAAUAAAAUAAAAAGAUCCCAGAAAUGUCCUUGCGUACAAAAAAUGUAUUUCUCUCAAAUUGUGCACAAAAUUGUUUACAUCCCUAUUAGUGAGCAUUUCUCCAUUGUCAAGAUAAUCCAUCCACCUGACAGGUGUGGCAUAUCAAGAAGUUGAUUUAAACAGCAUGAUCAUUACACAGGUGCUGGGGACUAUAAGAUAAAAGGCCACUCUAAAAUGUGCAGAGUUUUGUCACACAACACAAUGCCACAGAUGUCUCAAGUUUUGAGGGCGCAUGCAAUUGGCAUGCUGACUACAGGAAUGUUCAACAGAGCUGUUGCCAGAGAAUGUAAUGUUUAUUUCCCUACCAUAAGCCACCUCCGUCGUUUCAGAGAAUUUGGCAGUACAUCCAACUGGCCUCACAACCGCACACCACAUGUAACCACGCCAGCCCAGGACCUUCACAUCCAGCUUCUUCACCUGUGGGAUCGUCUGCGGGGUGUAUUUCUGUCUGUAAUAAAGCCCUUUUGUGGGGAAAAACUAAUUCGGAUUUUGGUUGUUUACAUUUAAAGCAAGGCACUAAAAAGACUGAAAACCAGCAACAAUCAGUGGGUUUAAAAUAUAGCAGUCUCUGUAUAAAACAGCAAGGCCUCCACCGCGGCCGUGGCUGCACGCCUUUUCAAUGUAUUUGUAUCCAGGCGGAGCGUAAAACGUGUGGAGGCAUUGGUGGAAAUGGAUUCAUUGCAUUUUGGUUGGUCCAUUGUGCUCUUGCGCUCUGUAUGGACUGGAUUGGGUGACAUCAAUAGCCUGCGGGUCAGCCUACAGAACUGGCAUGUAAAAUGUAUUGUCCAACUCCGUUGUGCAUGUUGUACUGCUCGCAUCGCCAGUGCACACAAUAGACUUUAAUUUGCUGAUCAGUUUCCUACCUCCUCGCCGUCUGCAUGUUUUCCAUAAGAUCCCGUAUUGCAUAAGGCUGUUCUUGAGCUCCUUGCACAGGGUUGUUGAAAAAAAGUAUUCAACUUCGGAGGAAUACUUGUAGUGGAGGAAAGUUGCUGCCAUUUCUUAAUCUUUGGUCUUGCCUUCUGUCCAGGAGAUAAGAGAAGCGUGGCUAGUAUUCGAAUCCAAACAAUUAGCUAGUUGAUUGGAGAGGUAGGCUAGUUUUAAUGUUUUCGGUAUAGAAAACUAGAUCUUUGUAUUCAGUACUUGAUUAGCUUUCAAAUAAACUAAAAGUUGAAAAUACUGCACAUAAGAAACCCACUUAAAACAAAUAAUUCUAGAUAAAUUCACAGGAACAUAGACCCAUUUGGCUCUCUCACAUUCCCUCCUAUGCAUUUGCCUGUUCUCAUAUCGAUCACCAUCUCUCCUCUCUCUUGUUUAGGUGAAGCGACCAAGUUUGGUCGAGGGGAUUCGUCAUCCCCGGCUCCCCCCACCAGCCUUUCACAGGGCCCCUCACAGCCCCCCCAGGCUCAGAGCCAGAGCCAACCGACCCAGAACCAGGCCUUCCUCAACCCCCCUCUGCCCCCGGGCUACGGCUACACCGGCCUGCCCUACUACGCCGGCAUGCCCGGGGUGCCCAGCGCCUUCCAGUACGGCCCCACCGUCUUCGUGCCUCCGGCCUCGGCCAAGCAGCCCAACAUGGGCCUGGGGAACCCCUCCAGCCAGUACCACCAACAGCAUCAGCCCAGCUACGGCCAGCACACGUAUGGAACAGGUAUGUGUAAGAGGAUGAACUGAAAUCAGACCGUGUGUCUGUUGUGUGCGUGGCUGAGAGGGAGAGAUCUUGCUUAGCGAGCAUGCCGUCCCCCCUUCCCGUCCCGUCCCCCUCUGCCGGAUAUAGUCGCUGUUCACAUGCUAUUCUAGCCAGUUACCUUAUUGCUUCUCUCUCGGUUCUUUCUCCCCCUUCCUCCUCUGCUGUCUUUUUUACUCUCCCCCUCCACUUCACUCGGUCCUCCUGGUCCUCUUCCAUUCCUCUCUCAGCUUUUGACGACCUGUCUCAGGGCCACGCGGGGGAGUACAGUAAGGGAGGGUACGGAGGCUCUGCCCAGUCACAGGCCAAAUCAGCUGGCAGCGGCCCAGGGAAAGGUACACUCAUUGAACUCGGCUGCCCCAGGACGCACCCCCCCCCUCCCCGCCCCCCUUCACUGUUAUCCGCCGUGAUAUACUACUACUGUUCUGAAACACUUCCCUCACUACUGAGAAAUACUCCCUCACUCACCACUAACUCUUGAAAUGGUGAACUCCCUCACUAGAAAUGUUGAACAUUGCCUACUGGCACCGUGCCGCAUCACAGGGUCAAACUGACAUGUUGUUUGUGUCCUCUCGCUCACAGCUCCAGGUUUGUCCGGCUCGGGCAGCAGUGGAGGGGUGCCUGAAAUGGGUGCUUCAAUGUACAGCAAGACACAGGUUAGUCAGUCCACACUUGGUGUAUAGUUGUUGCUGUGUAGUAGUUUCCGCUAAGUCAUGUCUGAGAAUAACAAAUAGAUUUGAAUUUAAACGGCUAGUUGGAUUAAUUGUGGUUAAUAGCAAAGCUGUCUGAUCGAGGAGCACACAACCUCCAUACCACAGGAUUGAAACAUAAAUAAGGAUACAGUUAAGGAUUAUACUCAGACAUGACAUAAUAUAAUGGUCCUCUCCAACCUCUGUCCCCUCACCCCACCCCAGUCUUUUGAUAAGCAGGGCUUCCACACGGGAACGCCCCCUCCCUUCAGCCUGCCAUCUGCCCUGGGGGGCACAGGCCCCCUGAACCCCGGCGGUGCCCCCGGUUACGCCCCAGCCCCCUUCCUCCACAUCCUGCCUGCCCAUCAGCAGCCCCACUCCCAGAUGCUGCACCAUCACCUCGCCCAAGACGGACAGGUAACACCCCUUCAACCUGUUGUUAAUAAGCACCAUAGACUUGUAUUCUCCACUUGCUGUUAAUAAACACCAUAUGCAUGGACUUAUGGGGAGCUGUGCUGCGGACUGCCUCCAUGGUGAAACUUGCACUUCUGUAGCCUAGAUCUGAAAUUAUUGGAUGGUGAAACUUGCAUCCAGCCAAACAGAAAAGCAAGGUGACGCAUUUCGGGCAUUCUUGAAAGUCAAGAUAAUCCUUGUCCUGCAAAGAAACAUUAUUUUUAUAUUUGAAAAAUUUAUUUAGCAAGCAGUAGGCAUUUAGAAUUGAAUGUGCAAAGGAGCUUUAUAGUUACAUGAUGACAUCACGUGCCCCACACACAUUCAAAAUUAUUCGGCAAUCAGAAUUUACUCCAAAAACUGUUUCCAUCACAAAAGAAAAAUCCACCAGUCGGACGGAUUAAAAUGUCGAUCUUUAGAAAAUGUCUCCUAUAGCUGCCGUUUCCAUUACACAUGUCAAGUUUAAUGUUUUUUGCGACAUUGCUUUAGUCUAAUAAACGUGGGUCAAUGGAGACCUGCCUAUUGACUGGUGUGUGUGUGCUCUCUCUAACCCCCCCCCCGCCCCCGCAGGGUGGUCCCGGUCAGCGCAACCAGUCCAGCAGCAUGCAGCAGAAGAACCAGGGCAACAAGUCCAGCUAUGGCAGCCCUUACUGGGCCAACUGAAGGGCACUGUGGGGGCACCUAGGGGAUUCUGUCCUACCCCCAUCCUAAAGGCUCUCUGUGUGUGAAGCUAAACAUAAACACACUACCCAAACAUAACCCUCCAACUCCCCUCGCCCCCAAAGUCCUUAUACCUUUUUCUUUCUUUUCCCUUUUCAAAUUGGUUGUACAUGUAAGAUAUUUGUGUAUGUAUUUAUAUAUAUAUAUAUAUAUAAAUACUGUUUAUGUAAUGGUAGAACAAGAAAUGUGGUUGCUGCAUUUUAUU